AUGCAAGUCCACACCGAAGGUGCUGAUUUGGCGCCUCACCCCAUUAUGCCCCUCAAGGGCUGCGACAUACGCCAUCUAGGCAAGGGCUCGGGCGACCUCCACGGAGCCCGCAUCCGGACCCGGUUCAAGCGCUCCGCGGGCGUGGCCAUCUCCAGAGCCAGCUUGACUCGGUCCUUCGGUUCACAGACGAGCCAGCGUUGUUCUCUAUUUCGGAUGGGUUCAGGCAGAACAGAAAAACAUUGCACCGAGCUACGACGAGUCGAUGAUCUCCGCAGAGGGCGUGAAGCCACGCUGGCGAAUCGGGAAGAACCGAGCCGAGCAGAGGACAGAGAGGUCGGCUUGGAGCUCUCUCUCGGCUCAACCCUGUAUCGCGGCCAGCGUUACCAUGUUGUGGGAGACUUGAUUGACGUAUCCGAUGUAGGGGUACACGUGAAGGGCAUGCGCAUCAGGAUCUUAGCCAGCUGCUCUUCAUGCAACGAAGCUGACUAA